UUUCCAAAGCAUUAGAAGCCUGGGAAAUCACUUGCUGUCUACACGGACGCCGGCCAGUAGACGAAUGCAAAGCUAAACACAGGGUGCGAGCAACGAUGUCUCAGGAGGAAUGUGUUUCUACAACUGUUGAUAAUCGACUAAUGGCUGUGGAUGCUGCAAAACCCAGUCAGAUCUGCGAACCUAGUCGGACCUGCAACCGCCGCUACAGUGAGGUGAUGCGGGAGUAUUUGAGGAGGAAGCGACAGAGGGACGGCAACAUCGACGACACAAAUAUUAAACCGUCCGAGGUUCUGACUCGCCAGGCUGACCACACGGGACCAAGCGGGUGUUCCUACGUCAGAUGGGACAAUCCCGACACCCCGGGGUUGCUGAGCGUAAACACACAAGUUCCAGUGGUGGAGGAGUCUUGUGAAGUCUGUGACGUCCAGGAGGAAUACUGCUCGCCGCGCCUCUCUCCUUUCUCCCCUCUUACGCCAGAGUCUGGUGCAGACUCCUUUAGUACAGCUAAGAGUCACUUCUCCUCAAACCCCCCCACUUCACUCCUCCCAAGGACCAACGUUUCCCCAGACAGUUCAUCUCCAGACCUCGCUGAGGGAUACUUCUUGCCCCGUGACAAUGUGACUUCGGUUGGCAUUGAUAGCUUCCGAUCUAGGGACUCCCACACACCCGGAGGCUUAAAGGCUCCUGUCAUUAAUGUGUACUCAGCAGGUGGCUCUCCAAAAAUGAGACAUAACGAGGAUGAGUGCGGCCAGAGUGAGAGCAGGUGUUUGGCCGUGCAACCCUGCCAGUCUGCCUCAAGGACGUAUGUGCUGAACACUUUCAAAGAAGAAAGACCCUUUGGAGAAGAAAGUGUGGAAAAUGACGUCAGUUUGAUGCGUGAGGCUGCCCAGGACUCCAACGAGAACCUGCUCAGCCCCGUGGCCCUGGACUUCGACCAGGAAUCCUUCUUUGAGUUGUGCCAGUGCUACCCUCCCGAGGAGAAAGAAAGCUCCUCCUACAGUUUGAGGCACACAUCGCUGCAGCCCUGGGGGAAUGAAGGGAGCCCAACAUUCACAUGGCCGCCUUCAGAGCAACAAGGAAGCGGUCGGCCGGUAUCCCAAGCCUCUGUCACUGCCAGGCUCCAGAAACUGAAGCGACUGCACCGGCUUGGGUGGAGUUUGAUUGUUCUGGGAGUCAUCAUUAUCUUCUUAGCUGUUUUGAUCUACUUCAUUUUGGAGUAACCAUAUAAACAAUGACUGACGCCUGCGAAAGUGACGGAGCCUGGGCAGCCCGCGGUAACAUUAGAGAGAUGAUAUAGUCAACAACUUGUAUGGGCUAUAUAUUGAAUAAUAAAUACUAUGAAAAAAUACUAUGAAAA